AUGCCGUCAAAGAAUAGAGAGAUAGAAGACGACUUUGUGCUAACAAUAUCUGACAAUGAAGCUCUUCCCAGCGAACCAGAAUCCGACUCAGAGCCUGAAACGACCCUACCUUCAAAGAAGCGAAAGAGAACCGGUCGUGAUGACAAGAGUGCUGCAAAGAAGCAAAGGUUAGAUCCUAUUGAAGCCGACGAGAACUCUUCAGAAUCCGCUUCGGAGACUCAAUUCAUCAAAGAUGGUGCAAUCGACAGUGACUUCGAGUUCGAUGUUGGCCCUGCAGGCGUAUCAGACACACUAGACGAUUUCGAUGGCUGGGGAACUACAGACACCACCCCCAAAGUACAAUCGAAGGUGACUAAAAGAGCGGUGGAUGUAGACGACAUUAUUGCCCGUCGCGCAGAAAGACACAACAAGAAGAAUCCAGCACAGCAAGUGCUCGAAGACGAAAGCCUGGAUGAUGCACAGGCAGUUGACGUCGAGGAGGCAAGCCCGGACGAAGAAGGACUCGAGGACGGACAAGAGAUCGAGUUUGACGAUGAGAAUCUUGCAGAGGACACAUUCGGCGGCGCCGCUGUGUCAGAAGAUGAGGUAGCAAGUCAAGCACUAGAUGGCGAGGAAUCAGAAGACGACGCCCAAGGAGAUGACAUUGAUGCAGAGGCAUCCGACGACGAUUCUGCGGCUUCACCCGUAGCACACCCAGACGACCGAGAUUCAGAUGCAGUUUCGGAAGACGAAUCGAGAACUUCUCACUCAGACGUAGAAGAGGCGGCGAAGCGUAAAGCUUUCUUUGCUGAUGAAGCGACACACAAACAGACAGCAGCAUCAGAUACAAACUCCUUCCACCAGUUUUCGCUUUCCAGACCUUUACUCCGAGCGCUCGCGGCUCUCAACUUCGCAAACCCAACACCUAUCCAGGCUCGUGCUAUUCCUGUAGCCUUGCAAGGUCUCGAUGUCGUAGGCUCAGCACAAACCGGUUCUGGAAAAACAGCCGCCUUCUUGCUUCCCAUACUCGAACGUUUACUCUACCGACCUCGAAAGAUCCCAACCACUCGUGUUGCAGUUUUGAUGCCAACUAGAGAAUUAGCCGUGCAAUGUCAUAGUGUUGCUGUCGCCCUUGCUCGCUUCACAGACAUCACCUUUGCACAGGUUGUUGGCGGCUUCAGUUUGAGAGAGCAAGAGACGAUCCUAAAGAAAAGGCCUGACGUUGUGAUUGCUACACCUGGUCGGUUCAUCGACCACAUGCGAAACAGCGCCAGUUUCGCCGUUGAAAACCUUGAGAUCCUUGUUCUUGACGAAGCAGAUAGGAUGUUGGAACAAGGUUUCGCGGACGAGCUCGAUGAAAUUCUGAAGACGAUUCCUCGAUCCAGGCAGACGAUGUUGUUCUCUGCAACCAUGACAUCUUCCGUGGACAAACUUGUACGUAUAGGCAUGAACAAGCCGGUGAGAUUGUCCGUCGACACCACUCAUUCGACGGUCGCAGGACUAACCCAGGAGUUUCUGCGCCUUCGUCCGGGUCGUGACACUACGGAGCUGCGCCUGGCUACACUUUGCACAUUGGUUACCACGAUCCCCGAAUACCAGCAGCGCACAAUCAUUUUCUUCAGGCAGAAGAAGGAAGCACAUAGAAUUCGUAUCGUCUUUGGUCUUCUCGGCAUAAAGGCUGGCGAACUUCACGGCUCAAUGACACAAGAUCAGCGUAUAGCAGCAGUGAAUAACUUUCGAGAUGGCAAGACCACUCAUCUGCUUGCAACAGAUGUCGCUUCUCGAGGUCUCGAUAUCAAGAACGUGCACUCAAUCAUCAACUACGAGGCCCCGCAGACACACGACAUCUACCUUCACAGAGUCGGUCGAACAGCUCGAGCGGGUAAAAGUGGCAAGUCAUGCACUUUGGCAGCUGAGCCUGAUCGCAAGGUCGUCAAAGCUGCAGUCAAAGCAGGACGUGCUCAAGGUGCAAAAGUCGUCAGUCGAGUGCUUGAGCAGGAUUUAGUGAACAACAUGAACGAGAAGCUUGAGGAGCUAGCAGGAGAGAUUGAGGAGAUCCUGAAGGAGGAGAAGCAAGAAAAACAGCUAGCACAGAUCGAGUCCGAGGUUCAACGUGGUGAGAACCUGAUGAAACAUCACGACGAUAUCAUGUCUCGACCAAAGAGGACGUGGUUUGAAAGCGAGAAGGAGAAACAGGCCAACAAAGAUCGAGCCAAGGCCGAGUUAGCUGCCAAAGGGGUCCUGUUCAAGGGCGAGAAGAAAAAGCUGAGCAACAAGGACAAGAAGAAGCUGGACCUGUCGAGAGAGCAGAAAGAGGGCAGGUCUUGGAAGAAAGGAAAAGGCGAUGCUGCUGAGGCAGGAAAGAAGACCAAGAAGGCCGUGGCUGGAAAGGGGAAGGCGAAGGGCUCGUCCAAAAUGAGAGGCAAGCGUAGAUAG